UUAAGUAGAGAGGUUGCCGCCCACGCUGACCUGGAUAUCUACAGCUGAGGAAGACUCUGCUGUCGAGCUCUUUUAAUACCGUGGAUAUUAGGACGACGCUGCAUCGUUUUCGUGCUCAUCUUUAGCGCACAGUCCUCGGUUUUGAUGACGGUUAUACUCUCUUAUCUGCUGAAUUGUGAGGAGAGCAAGGGCUUGUUUAACAGUCUAUUGUUUAACAGCUGUAUUGAUACAUGAUCAGUUAAAGCCUGGAUUGGAUUUUCUCUUCACGCAAUGUCAGGAUGUAUUGUCUCUAUUCGCCCUACCUGCUUCUGUAUUUGUUGUGUGGAAGGGGAUCUCACUUUUAACUGUGUCGUAACAUCACCAUUAGGCUCAUGAGAAACAACACUAUUUACUUCUUCAGUGAGGAAGUGGAGCUGCCUCAGACUGGCUGUGUUUGACAAGGAUAAAACCGGACGUUGGGUCAAUUAACCUUCAAAAUAAAGGCCCGAAAUAUGUUCGUUUUCAGUCAGAAUAAGGACGUUUUGGAUCGUGCAGAGCCGUAAAACGAAAGAAAGGAAGCAGACAUUUUGUCAUUAGUAGGAGAGCUUUGUAUUUUUGUAAUUAUCAUGGUAAAAUUGCAUUAUCUAUACGUCUCCAUUCGUUUUAUUUUGGAAGCCACGGACAGAUACUUCGUUUGCAUGUGCUGCGUUUGAGACUGGUAGGAAGUGGGAUGUGGCCAGUAUGUAUUUAUGCUCCUGUUCAAGAUAUGAAAACCAUUGAAUCAGCGUUGCCUCGGGGGCCCUGCUUCACCACCGGACACGGCGGGGUUUACGACAGUACUGCUGUCUGUCAACGUGGUUGUCGGUGGCCGAAAACAGCGAAUGCAGCCGAGGCUGUUGUGCCGGUUUUGUCUGGACUGGACCAUUUAAAUGAAGGCUUCUCAACCUCACGCCCAGGCAAUUUGAUGAAGUGGUGUGCGGGGCUGCAGUUUGCUCUUACGUAAUCACAGCAUGUGAAACGAUACAAUCAUAAACAUUUUUAUUAUUCAUUUGUAUUUUUAUUUUUUAUUUUCGACGAAAGCGUUCUUUUCCCUCUUUUUAAUAUAUACACAUGUCAACAACUCGGCAUCAAGUGAUGAUGGAGUCCUCUCUAGCUCUCGGGAGACUGGAACUGACCCCCAACUCAACACCCAUCUCAGCUCUUGGGGUCAAUCUGACCCCGCGGCUCUCCAGUGGCCCCACGGCGAUAGAGAACUGUGUCCAGCGGCCUCCGGGGCUACAGGGCCACGGCCACCCGAACGGCUGCGUCCCACUGUCACAUCAGGUGGCGGGCCACAAGUACGGAGUGGAUAAAGUGGGUAUUUUACAACAUCCAGAUGGAACAGUCCUGAAGCAGCUUCAGCCACCGCCAAGAGGUCCACAAGAGAUGCAGUUUUACAACAUGGUGUAUGCAGAGGACUGCUGUGAUCCAUGUCUUCUGGAACUCCAGAACCACCUUCCCAAGUACUACGGGACCUGGUCCUCUCCUGACAGUCCCACUGACCUGUACCUGAAGCUGGAGGACGUGACUCAUCACUUUGCCAAGCCAUGCAUCAUGGACGUGAAGCUGGGCCGGCAGAGCUACGAUCCAUUCGCCUCGCAGGAGAAACGGGAACAGCAGAUUAGAAAAUACCCACUGAUGGAGGAGAUUGGCUUCCUGGUCCUCGGCAUGAGGGUAUAUAAAGUGUGCAGUGACAGUUUUGACUCCUAUGACCAGUACUAUGGAAGGGCACUGGUUAAGGACACCAUUAAAGAUGGACUGGCAAAGUUCUUCCAUAAUGGUGUAAGUCUGAGGAAGGACGCAGUAUCAACCAGCAUCCGCAGGGUGCAACAAAUCCUCCGGUGGUUUGAGUCUCAGCACCAGUUGGUCUUCUACGCCAGCUCCCUUCUCUUCGUCUACGAAGGCCUCCCCUCUUCUUCCUCCUCAUCCUCCCAUAGUUUUCCUCUCAGCACCCCAUCAACUGGCCAGACUGUGGUGAAAAGUGCCAUGUUGUCAACAGCGGGUGACAGCAGUCAGGGUGGAGGGUGGAAAGGGAAACAAGAAGGGGCAGGGCAGGAGAAGGAUAUGGCUGAGUACAACAACAACAACAUGCAGGUGGCGGUGCCCUUGGACUACAGCCUGUCCACCAUCUACACCAACCACAGGAAGGGUUGCCAUCAGCACUGUGCAAACAGUCAUCUCCUCAGCAGCAGUGGAGACGGUGAAGCUGUGGAGAAGACAGGGAGCUCAUUUUCUGGAGCCAACUACUCAGCUGUGUGUGGAGAAGACAACUCGGCAUGGAAACGAACAGGUGAGUCCCAGCAGCCGCCAAAUGCAAAUGGAAACAAAUCACAACUGGAAGGGAAGGAUGAGGAUGGUGAGAGGGAGAGUCACGGCUGGAGGAGGAGAGAGGACGAGGAGCUGAUGGGACGAGGAGGCGAUGCAACACAGGGGAAUGGAAGAGACACAGAGGUCGAGGUCAGGAUGAUUGACUUUGCCCAUGUAUUCCCCAGCGACAGCCAUGAUCACGGCUACAUCUAUGGCCUCAAGCACCUGCUGAUGGUGCUAGAGCAGAUCCUCUGUGACGCCGCCUAGAGCCCCACCCCACACCUCCUGACCUGCUCAAAGUGAAGCCCUAUCUGUUUUCUGUCAACCCUCAAAAGACAGAAACCUUGAGAGGAAAGAAUCAAAAAAGUACAUACUAAAACUCAUCAUUGUCAACUUCAUCAUCAUCUCACCUGAUUGUAAUGGUCUGUCAGUCACAUGUGUCUACCUGUGUGUGUGCAUGUCUGUGAGCAGAGUGGAGAGGCUGACAGCCGUUUUCUCUGUGAGCAGCAGCACCGCGUGUACUGAUCAGUCUGAGGAGGCAUUACGACCCUGUACUUAAACACAACACCUACAUCCGCAUGACUUACUGAUGCUCAGACAAGCUCCUCAAAGCCACCUGACCUCACCUAUGGUCCAUUUACAGUUCAUUAGUACACCUGAAACUAGGGGUAGAAAAUAGGACAGCAUAUACUGUGAGACAGAGGUUUUCCUGUACCAUUUCUGCCAUAGUAACUGUCCCUUUAAUAUCGCUGGUUGUAUUAGGCAACAGUGGGGACAGCUACAGAUUAGUGAGCGGCACUGUCUUCUAGCAGUAUUGGGUUUCCAGGCGUUUUACAGCAGUGUGACUCAAAUUCUCAGUGCAUUUUCUCUUAUCCACAUCUAACAGCCAUCCACGGUGGUCAGCUGGAUUUGGUUCAUUUAGUUUUACAGUACACUGUCAAAUUACAGACAAACUAGGGCUGGGAAGCAGAAGUCUGGUCACUGGUCUCCAUUGAAACCUAUAAACAACAACAAACAGUGAAGUCAGGGUUCAGAAUGGCCUCUUGACCGUUAAGUUGCUCUAAGUUUGUCGGCAUCAGGUAAAACAGGAAGUCUUGAGAACAUUGAGGUUUAAGUCGGGUCAUGGUUUGUGAUUUUUGUUGGAACCACCCUCUACAGGUAUCGUAACUCAGGUAAACUUACUGUAAGAAAAGAAAACUGCUCAAUAUUACUACUAUUCCCCACUCAGCAAGAUGACCCUCAUGCUGUCUGGUUGUUCAGUUCUAAAUGAGUGUUUUAUAUAGCCUGAUCUCAUGUUUGUGACCUCUUAACCUUGAUCUUACACAUGUUGCACAGUCUUUUACCAUGGCUCUUUUCACUGAUCGACAUGUUGGGCUGCCAAACCACUUCUCCCCUCUAAAGCCUGGGUGUCCUGGUUAUGUGGAGUGUCUCCUCUUGCUGCCCUGGUGUGAGGAAUAGGAUUAUAUUGCUGAAGUCAUACCUUGUACUACAUUGCUUGUGAGCAUUUUGAACAUCAGUGCCAUUGCUGUAGCAUUAGCCAUUUUGUUUUUCUGUGAUUUUAAGUUAUUCUAGUGAAUAGAUUUCUAAACAGGCAACAGUUGGAAAAUCCACCGUUCUCUUCCCAGCGCCUGGAGAGAUGACGUUUGGGGGUUUGACGCUGAAAACUACUGUGACUGAUCAACAUGAUUUUACCUAAUAUGACUGAACUUUCCUAAAGAUGUUAAGAUGAUAGUAAAAACACAUUUGAAAUGUUUUUGGCUUGACAUGUCAGCAUGCAGGUUGGUACGAAAACAGAAGUCGGCACAUCUUUUUUUACACUAAUCUGCUUAACUGGUUAAUGCUGCUGUCUUUGGCACUGAUUCUAAUAUUCUUGUGUCAGAGGUAUUAAGACCAACACUGUCCAUUCCUGUAGCUGCGAUGGAUUUCUGGAAGCCCAUGGUUGUUGGAGUUUUAUUUUUAUUAUUUUGUGUUAUUUUCUUGUAGUAGUGACUUAAUAAUCUCAUUUUGUUUGGAAGACACAUUGAGCUUAGUUUGACAAAAAAAAAAAAAAGGUCUACUAUUUGUUCUUCACGCAGUGGCCUUCGUUAGCAUAUGAUGUGGCUGCAACAAUCAAGUCAACAGACCUUGUGAUAAUGUUAUGUGAAUUUUGACAAUGUAUUUUCAGGCGCAGAUUUUGUUUAGAUUAACAUUUUUAUUGAGUUUGAAAUGUCCUGGUCAGAAAGAGGAAUGUCUGUCAGCAGCUAAACAAGUAUGGCUACCUGUCACCCUGACAUGGAGGUAGAGCAGGAUUACCCAGGGCCCCUGGACAGGUUCACGGCCUAGUUUGUACUAAUUAGAUUCAUUUCUAGUCAGUUCACCAAUGUUUUUCAUGCUAUACAAGGGAAUUUAAGAUAAUAUGCACAGUAAUGCACUGCUAAAGCACAACAGAGACCGAAAGUUAGACUUGUUAGAGUGCAGGUUUUCUAGAGAGAGAUUAAGGAUGUGUGACAACAGCAAACUGUGUCAUUACACACAGAACAGACCUGUUCUUCCUUUUAUCACCCUUCAAUGCUAAGCAGUUAUUUUUCUGUCAGUGUCUGGUCUGUACACAUUUAGUGACUCCACCCUUGGCCUGCUGCACUAACAGUGGAGCAGCUUUAUAGUCUCCUGUUAAGUCUCACUGCCCCAGUAUGCUGCAGACCCACUUUGAUUUAAGCCAAUAUUACGCACAGUGUUUGACUUUAACUCCCUUCAAUCAGUGAGUGCCACUCAGACAUUCAGGUUCACUGUAUGUGGGCAGUUUUACAUGCGCUCUGGUCCCCAGUCCACUGAAAUGCCUGAGAGCUGGUUUCUCCUGUUUAAGGACUACAUGAGGGUUUUUACCCUACAGUCCCAUUUAGCAUAUUGUAUAGUUCCUUCUUCACAUUACAGCCAAUCAGCCACAGUGGUUAAAUAACUUAAAUGAAAGUAUAUCUUCCCAGCCUCCUUCCCAUUUCCAUUCAGCAUUACGUUUGCCUUUAAAGUCUUUUUUUUUUUAGGUGCACACACUGAUUUACCACACAACAGUAACAAGCAUAAAAGCAGAUAGGAUGCUCACUGUGGAGCGAUAAGACUCUUCCACUGGAAUAAUUAGAACCUUUUACACUUGGAGAAAGGUCAGUGUGAUUUAAAGCUCAGUCAAUUUGCCAGUUAAUAAUUGUUACUUUAUUCUGUCUUUAAAUGAUUGAGGAUUUUUAAUAACAAAUUUAAAAUGAAGCUGUACCUUGGAUUUGAAAUCCCUUCAAACAUUAUCUUUCUUCCAUUUAUUGAUUUGCCUGCCCAACAUGUCCACUCUAAAAUUUCAUUUACAGUUCAAAUUUUUUGCCAUUUAAAAAUGAACUGAAUCCAGUGUGCAGCAGGGAAAGCUUGGCCCGCUGUUGUGUGUUGGCUGAGUGACUUUGCUGCUCAUACUGUACAUCGGAAUACAAAUACUGUAAAUGUGACACCAUGAAAUACAUGCAUUGUGGAAUGUAGUAUGAUAGGCAGAAAAACUAAAUGGAAAGAGUACUAAUUUAAAUAUUUUUUUGUAUUUCCAAUUUAAAAUAUAAUUUAGUCAGCAUUUAAAGACAGAAUAAGCAACUUAUUUUUAUACUGACUUAUCAUACAUCCGGUUAUAAGGCAAAUAAUAUAUCUGUAAUGCAUUUAUUAAUUACUGAACUCAGUGGCACACUCCAGGCUCACUGUGAAGGAUACUAUAUCUAAAGUCUGGAAGUUGAUUUUCACACCACAGUGAAAUUGAUUGACACCAAUGGCAGGCUGCAAAGUAAAAGAAAUUAUAUGCAAUUGAUACGGUAGUAAACAGACCAAAAUGUGCACCCAUACUAAUCUAGUCAUUUAGAACUCCUCGCCCUGCAGCAACACAACCAGUCCACUGCCCGCCUGUGACAGAACUGGUCACUUUUAAUAUGUGAAAGCAAACAAAACAAGAAUUGGUCUGUGUAGUCAGUAAAGACUCAGGAUAAGGGCCCAGCUACCACUACCCACCCCUUCUGUCUCAGCAUGCUGCAGGACAAUCCCUGGCUGCACAUUUACCCAUACUGGAAACUGAUAUGGCUCCACUGCAUUUUAAAUGUGAUGCUGAAAGUCAUGUUGUACACCAUUUACUGCACAGGCUACAUCAGAAUAGGCCAGAGUGACUCGCAAACAUUCAACAGGAGUUCACUUUACCAGUCCAGCUGUGGUCAGUAGAAGUUAAACUGGUGCAACAUCUGUUUGACUUUUCACCACUGAUGAUUAAGAUACAUGUCACACUGACAGUGAUUAGGUUGUCAGAGUGAACCUGUGUUUGGUCUGGCUCGUUUCUCUCUCAUCUCAGUUGAAAUAAUGUUUUUAAAACAUUGAUAUUAUGAUUUUAUCACUGCAACACUAUUAAUACUUCACUAAGAAGAGACAAAAGAGCCAGUACUGUAAAUAUUACAUAAGAUUUAAAGCAACUGAAUUUUCACAACACAUUGAAACUGUGUGAAAUCGGCAGCUGCCUGGAAGGUUUAACAUCUACGGCAGACCUUCCUGGAUGCUUUGAAAAUAAACCGCAGAAAUGUAAAAGCUUAUGAAAGAGGCUAAAACAUGCCACACCACCUUCCUUAAUGGGGUCCAGGAAGAAGAAAGUCAUGGGGCACUAGUGUUGUCUCAGCUAAUCAGAAUCACUUUCUUUCAGUUAUUUUACAGCUCAGACUGACACCCCUGUCUGCAUUGGAUUUUGUUAUGCUGCGUUUCUGUAAUUUAGAAAGCAGCAGCAGCUUAAUGCUUUGAACAAUAAUUUAUGUACUGAUCAUACUUAUCAGAGAUGUCGUUCAAAGCUGAGAUGAGCUGCAUUAUGUAAUGACCCCUUUUCUGAUUGGCUGAUCUUUUCAAGCCUUCGUCUUGUAUGUGAUGACUUUUAAUCCAUUUGUCAACAUGUGAGGCUUGAUGGAAACUUAAAGGUGGAAAUGCACAGUUAGCAUGGCUGGCUGUUGAUUAUGGUGUUUAGCAGUGUGAAUGCUUAUAGCCAUGAAAACAAAGCCUGUUGAAGGACAAAGUGUGAAUGGAGCAGUUGAGCUUCUCAGCCAUUAGUGGAUUUCUGCGAGUCCUCUACUAACAGAGACAUGUCCAACUGAAGUCCAAUGCCUGGAGCUUAGUGAGGACCUGAUCCUGGUCAGCCCUGUAAUAGAAACUGAGCUGACCAACUUCUCAGUGUGGAUUUUGAAGUGUUUGACUUUUGAUAUACUGGAUUUAAAAUGUCUUGAGGCAAAAGAAAAUAUAAUCACUGUACAUAACAGAGAGGAAGUCAAACAUUUAAAGUCUCUCUACAACUACUAACCUGAUACUCAUUAUUUUUCAACAAUAAAAAUAUUCAUCAAAUUGUU